CCACAAUGCAUUGUCAAUAACAAGCAUGGCGUCUACUGGUUAUGAUACAGGCGGCAAUGUCACGCUCGAAGCGACAUGUGUUUUUCUGUUUCAUUCCUUAGUUGUCAGAAGCCGAAAUCGACGAGAAAAUGAUGUGAGACAAGUUAUUCAGCGUCAACACUCAGUUUUGCCGAUGAUGAUUCGUCGUCGGCGAAAUUUUCGCUUAGUGUUUGCAUUGGCAUUCUCGCCCCGGCACGAACUCACCCCUGCUCAUUUCCCACUACCCUUUUAGCCUCGGGGCAAGCGACCAACCCCGGGGAUAGCAGUUUCAACCCUGGUCCCGUGUAGGGUUGAACUCGCCCCGGGGAUGAGCAAUCUCGGGGGUGGCGCGGGGUUGAGAAUUUCAAGUGGGAAUCGAGGCUUAUUUUCACCCCCUUGUCGCCCCGGGGUUACCCCCGUGAUUUCGCCUAGUGAGAAAAGGCCUCUUUACUCCAUGGUCUUCGGUAGACUCAUCGGAGUCAAGAAAUCCUACCAACCUAGCCAAGGAGUGCGGUGGAUCCAGUACUUUCAAUCACAGCUCCUUUACACUCAAGUACAAACUAGACAACAAGUUUGAAGUCAUUUUUGAGAUAUGUUUCGGUUAGUGGAGAAUGGCUUGCAGCCUGAUUGCAGCCUGCAAUACAUUUCGAGCUGGUGCCGUUGAACAACUGCACAUCUACACCAGACACCUGAAUGCACUGCAUCCAGCAGAGAAACAUGGAGGGCGCUCUCCGGUCCAGCUGUAUGAGAAAGGUUAUGGAAAGGAUGCAGCUGGUAUUGCCAUGGAAGCCAUUAAGAAGUACAUGAUUUCUUACCGGCUGAAAAAAUAUGCUCAAGAUUGCCACUUUAAUGCUGUGUUGAUCAACACAACUGGGCGGAUGCAAGACAACGAGCCACUCAUGAGAGCUCUAUCCAAGUCAAGAAUGUGGCCCGUGACAUCGCUGAGAAAUUGCGAUUCUGUCUCUACCAAGCUGGAGGGAAAAAUCAUGGGAACCCUCAGCCGUGUAACCUCCGUCAUCCGUGAAGGCAUCGAGGAGUCCCUGGUUCAGAUCUUGUCUCCGUGUCGUCGAAUCGACAUCCUUCGCGAUGCCAUGGAAGCAAGAUCUCGUGGCAAGCCUUACUCUAUGGUCUUCUGUGGAGUUAAUGGAUUGAAGAAAUCCACCGACCUAGCCAAGAUAUGUUUCUGGUUAGUGGAGAAUGGCUUCACUGUGCUGAUUGCAGCCUAAAAUGCAUUUCGAGCUGGUGCCGUCGAACAGCUGCGCACCCACACUAGACACCUGAAUGCGCUGCAUCCAGCAGAGAAACACGGAGGGCGCUCUCCGGUCCAGCUGUAUGAGAAAGGUUAUGGAAGGGAUGCAGCUGGUAUCGCCAUGGAAGCCAUUAUAGUAUGGUCCGUGAUUUCUCAUUGGCUGAAAAAAUAUGCUCGGGAUUGUCACUUUGACGUUGUGUUGAUUGACACAGCUGGGCAGAUGCGAGACAAUGAGCCACUCAUGAAAGCUCUAUCCAAGCUCAUCAAAAUCUACCAGCGAGAUCUUGUCCUGUUUGUGGUAGAGGCCUUGGUUGAAGCAGUGGACCAGUUGGCCAAGUUCAACCAUGCCUUGGCUGACCACUCAGACAUGGACCAGCCCCAACUGAUUGGUGGCAUUGUGAUCACCAAAUUUGACACCAUCGACAAUAAGGUUGGUGCCGCUAUCUCAAUGACCUACACCACUGGUCAGCCCAUCGUCUUUGUUGGUACCGGUCAUACAUACCGUGACCUUCGCAAGCGGAACAUCAAGGCUGUGGUCAAAGCUCUACUGAAAAACUAAGGUGUGCGACGUGGCAGCGAAUCAACAUUGUUAGAAUAUCAACGAAAUGGAAGUGUGACCAUCCAUUACAAAAGAAUGUAAGAUUUUAAUUUUGAUUUGUCAGGAGAAUGACAGGCAACUUACUUAUUAUUUCUCAUGGAACUCUCUUUCAUUUGAAAAUUUGUUGAAUCUUUACCUAAAAAUGCCAAAAAAUCUUUGGACAUUUCAAACAAUAACAGUUAACAAUUUUGCUUUCUGCAGAGGAAAUGGCCAUCGUUUUUGUAAUUUCAAAACCUGACCAACUUCGUUCAGGCUGUCUGCAUUUUUUUGCUUGGAAUUUCAACAAAUAAAAAAUAAAAUGCUUGGAAGAUUUGAGCUAUCAAAAGUGGACUUCAGACACUAUCGUUUACCAAAAUCUCUCUGAAAUUUAAGCCAAAACACGGCAAUAGUCAGCAUCCAGAUUGAAAACAGAAAGACAAAAGAAUUUGUCACCAACUCAAGAAAUAAUGUUCGAUCAUAAUGGCUCUUGAGUAUAGAUGCUGAGAUCUGUUUAAAAAAAAAGGUUAAUUUCAGUGUGUCAUUCUGCCAUAAAUUAUUGGAGCUAUUAUAAGAGUUUAAAACAUUCAAUUAUAUUACAAAUUACUAAUUUAUCAGAAGAAAUAUAUAUCUGUUUUAUGGCAACUGAGCACUACAGCUGACCUAAAUUUCUGAAGUUGAACGUUUAUUUAGAUGGAAAUAUGAUUUUUGUUGUAGACUGGUGCCUGACUGCCGUUUAUUACCAAAAGAUGUUCUUGACAAGUCCAGGUACUAGCACUUGCCAGGUCUCGAUAUUUUAAUUUUUCUUUUUUCGAUUCAUUUAUUUAUGUAAACCUCAAAGCUUCACAGGAUCAGUGGUAUUUACACUGAAAGUGCAUAAAUUUAUUGAAAUCAUUCAUGUUUUGUUUGAAAAAAGAUUGGACUUGAUCGUUACAGUCUGAAUUCCCUCUGUACUUUUAUUUAUUCUUUCUAUCAUGCAAUUUAGGGAAAAAACCUGAAAUUUAUAAGCUUUGACAAAGGUGAUAUUGUUACAUUUAAGUUGUUAUCUUGCUGGUAAUUUCUUUUCACUGUCCUCCUAAUGUUUGUGAGUUUGAUGUAACUUUCUUCAAACUUGUAUUUGUUCUUUCCCUUGUGAAUCAUUUAAAGGUGAGGGUUGUUCAGAAGGAAGCCAAAGGCAUUGUAAUAUAUUAUGACCGGAAUAGAGAUUGAUUUGACUCGAUCAGUAUUAAAUGACUUCUGAAUAAUGCCAAGAUAGUUUAAGUUGAAUUGCAUAUUUUUAAUU